CUAAAAAAAAAAAGUGUCCAAUUGAAAACUACCCUUUGGAAAUCAACAACAAAUUCCAAUUUUGUCCAUUUUUUCAUAUCAUUUGUUUGCCUUAUUCAAUUUUUGUCAGUUUUUAUCGGCAUAAAAAGAUAAAAAAAAACGUGCAAAAUAAUGGCGUUGAAUCCACAAUAUGAGAUGAUUGGUAAAGGUUUUGUUCAACAAUAUUAUUUGCUUUUUGAUGAUCCAGCACAAAGAGCAAAUUUAGCAUCAAUGUACAAUGUUGAAACAUCUUUCAUGACAUUUGAAGGACAACAAAUUCAAGGAUCUGCAAAAAUUAUGGAAAAACUUACAAGUCUUUCAUUUCAAAAGAUUAGCAGAGUAUUGACUGCUGUUGAUUCUCAGCCAAUGUUUGAUGGUGGAGUUCUUAUUAAUGUAUUAGGCCGACUUCAGACUGAUGAAGAUCAGCCUCACGCGUACAGCCAGACAUUUAUCCUGAAGCCAAUUGGCAACAGCUUUUAUGUGCAGCAUGACAUCUUCAGACUUGCGUUGCACGACUGUCUCUAGUGGCUGAUGAAGAUCCACCACAUGCAUUCUCACAACAAUUUGUUUUGAAACCUUUGGGUAAUUCAUUCUACUGUCAACAUGAUAUUUUCCGUCUUAAUAUUCAUGACACUGCAUAAAAAA